AUGGGUAAGGGAAGUAAAAAUUGGGAUCCUUCAUCGGUCGUCAAUGACCAACAAGAAGAACCAUCGAUGCGGAUGACAACAACAAGCGAUAUUAUAAAUAAUAAUGAUAAAAGACAAUUUACAUGGGAAGAAAUUAGUCGUCAUUCAACUAACAAAGAUCGUUGGCUUGUUAUUGCAAAUCGAGUUUAUGAUGUUACGAAAUGGACGAAACACCCAGGCGGACAAAUGGUUCUCAAACACUAUGCCGGACAAGAUGCUACUGAAGCAUUUCAUUCUCUCCAUCCUGAAAUAUAUCGUGUUGAAAAAUAUAUGAAAACGUUUUAUAUUGGCGAUGUAAGCAAAGGCACUGUUGCCGAUGAUCAAGCAUUGAAAGAUGAUUUCGAAAAGUUACGACAAAAGGCUAUAGCAAAAAAACUAUUCGAACCAAGUGUACUAUUUUUCAUUAUAACAUGCAUACAUAUAUUGGCUUGUGAAUUCGCAUCCUAUUUUGUCCUAUUUCGAUUUGGUAUAAGUUGGGUACCAUAUUUAAUUUCACUCGCUCUCUACAUCGUUGCUGAAGCACAAUGUGGUUGGGUUCAACAUGAUUUUGGACACUUAUCUGUAUUUAAAAAAAGCUCAUGGAAUCAUUUAUUACAUCAAUUUUUUAUUGGCUUCACAAAGGGAGCUAGUGCCGAUUGGUGGAAUAAUAUGCAUUUUCAACAUCAUUCCAAACCAAAUAUUAUUGAUAAAGAUCCAGAUACACGUAUUGAACCCGUAUUUGUACUUGGCGAUACAAUUCCGAUACGAACUGCUAAAAACAAUGCUAAAUAUGGAAAACGUCUCUCGUAUGAUCUUCAACAUUUAUAUUUCUUUAUCGCUGCACCACUUUUAUUUCCCGUCUAUUUUCAAUUUAUGACCAUAAGACAUGCCAUAAAGCGAAAGAAAUGGAUGGAUCUUGCAUGGUUAACAUUGUAUUAUGUUAAAUUCUUUGCCCUAAUGCCAUUAAAACUUGGUUUCUUCGGCGCAUUAAAAUUUCAUUUCUUUCUUCGCGUAUUUGAGGGCACUUGGUUUGUCGUGGUUACCCAAUCGAAUCAUGUCGUUAUGGAUGUAUCGGAGGAUGAUACAAAAUUGAGCUGGUUUAGAAUGCAAUUAAAAGCAACUUGUAAUAUUGACGACUCAUAUUUCAAUGAUUGGUUUACAGGGCAUUUAAAUUUUCAAAUUGAACAUCAUUUAUUUCCGAUGAUGCCUCGUCAUAAUCUUUAUAAAAUACAACCGGAUGUACUCGAAUUAUGUCGAAAAUAUAAUAUUCAAUAUCUUAGUAAACCAAUGGGACGCGCAUUUCUUGAUAUAUUAACUUCAUUGGAAAAAUCUGGUCGAAUGUGGCGUGAAACUUAUGAAGAAUUAAUGGAUGCGUCGAAUACAAUAAAAUCUAAUACAUGA